AUGGCGCCUGAUACCCCUUCCGCCAAAAUAACUCUCUCUUGCCCGCUCUUCGGCGUUGAUUUUGACCCAAGGAACAGUGACUUUGUUCUUGUAGGCGGCGGCGGAGGUGAAGGGCGCAGCGGAGUUGGAAAUAAAAUCGCAAGUAACCUUUCUACCAACCCCACCUUGUUAAAUACGUCCCGGCGUAACGAGAUAUCUGAAGUUGUUGAUAUAGAGCUUUCUCGAGAUGAAGACUCUGUGACCUCGCUAGCCAUAUCGCGGUCAAACGACAAGUCUAUUAUAGCCUUGGCUGGCAUCAAUAGCUCCAUUGCUGAGCACGGCCAGGACAAAAAUGAGCAUCUCAGAUCUUUCCAGCUGGAUUUUCCUCCCAGAAAUGAACUGGAUAGCACCAGUACCUCCCCAACAAAAUCUAGAAAGGGCAAGAAAACUGUCGCGCUGCCUGCUAAGCCUACAAUCACAGCCCUGUCUCGCGCAUCCCUUUUCAGACCGCAGUAUAAACCAGAUGGCAAGAGAGAAACAUAUCAGCGAUUGUUGCGGCUUUCUCCGUGGAAAGGAGAGGAUGCUCCCCGUAUUGGCGCGGUAGCUACGGGUUUAGCUCCGCAGGGCGAAAUGGUCCUUUUCGACGCAACAUCAUCAACCCCGGAUCAGUCAGAUGUGCUAGGGCGAAUUCGGUUGGAGGGUAAAGAUGAAGUUGAAGAUGUGGAUAUGCUGCCAAGCAGUGAGGGAGAAGAUGGGGAAUUUGAAGUGGCCUACACGGAAGGAGAAGCUAUUUAUACAUUUAAAAUCUCCGCCUCAGUAAAAUCAAAUGUGGCACCCGAGACCAAAUCAGUCUAUACCGUGCCAUUCCCGGAUUACUUCGCCGGCAGCAAAAAGAGAAGUAAAAUUCGCGCUCUCAGAUUCCUCUCCCCAUCCUCCUUCCUAGUCUUACUGAAUAAUCCGGACCGCACUGGGUGCGAACUCGCCGUCAUCUCCCUCAGCCUCAGCUCUGAGUGCAUCGUCAUUCGACGAUUCCGACUUCCACGCUCGAUGAAAAUCGGCCUGGGCCUUGAUGUAUGCCCCCUCUCUGAAUCGCCCGUGGGAACCAGACAAUUUGUAAUCGCCGUAUCCGGGAACGACAACUCUAUCCAGCUUCUCACCCUCGAUUACAAUGGCAAAAGCAAAAAUCCCUUUAGCAAUUUCCGCCCGUACACGACCCUGCACAACGUGCACCCUUUCUCCAUGACGCGUCUCGUUUUCUCAACCUUCAUCCCACCCCGUCAACCAGUCACCGCUGAUGUACGACCUCAAUAUGUGAAACUCGCCUCCGUAAGUGUUGGCAACACCGUGGCUGUACAUACCCUUCCCUUGUCGCCCUUACCACCAAAAUCUGGCCAUCCGCGCUAUGUACUCGUCCAACCUGGCCCCUCAGAGCUUCUACAGACUCUCUUCAGCGGUUUCGUGGCACUGAUAGUCGUCGCGCUAGGCGCGUUCUUCCUGCAAGCCUUUACGGAGAUACGUGGCGGUGUGCCACCAACGCUAGGUGCGCAGGACUGGCUGAGUCCCAGGAUACGAUCGAUGAUAGCACGACCGUACACUUUUGAGAAUGGGCUUCCGACGCAGUAUCAGAAACCGAGAUUGCCGUCUGCGACGGGUGUAUCCAUCUCACCAGCACCGAUGACCGAGACAGCAUCAAGCACAACAAUCAUCCCAGUCAUCCAAACAACCUCCAGGCAAAAUCUGCGCGAGAUACUCGCAUCUAUCACGCGCGCAGAACCAGAAGCCGGCCCGCCAUCCGCAACUGACGACUCGAACCAACCCACGCCCGUGAAAAUCAUCAUUGUCGAGCACCCGCAUGACCCAGAACAGGUCUCCAUUACUACCGCCCCUUACGACCUCAAUGAUGGCGACAAUGAGAAGGCGCGUGAAAAUCGUAAGUGGGAGGACCUGCACGAGCACGAGCGCAAGGCGUGGAGGGACAAACUCAGUGCGGCGGGCCAUUGGGCUAUUGAGGAGGGAGAGGCAAUUUUGCGGGGGUUGUUUUUUGGACAGAUUGCUGGUGUUGUUGGGGGGGCUGUGGGGGGAGAUCUUGAUUGA